UAGUCUGCGCGGCUGCGAUCGAACCGGGAAGGAGACGCUGUCCUUCUGCAGCCAUGGCGAGCGGAGCGGUGUGGUGAGAGCUCCCCCCGAUUAGGAGAAUGGUAUUGGCUACGUGGCUUAGGAAAUAGAUGCACUUCCGAAGGCUGAUGGUUGGAUCCUGCGCGACGCUGGACUGCUGUGUGAACAGCACAACCUCGGUGGCGACAACCCGAGCACGUUUCCAACAUGGCCUUUCAGAGGACGGAGGGCAUGUCCAUUAUCCAGGCUUUGGCCAUGACCGUAGCAGAGAUUCCCGUUUUUCUUUACACCACAUUUGGACAGUCGGCCUUCUCUGCUCUGAGACUCACUCCCGGUCUCCGGAAGGUGCUCUUCGCCACGGCUCUCGGGACGGUGGCUUUGGCCUUGACGGCGCACCAGUUAAAGCGUCGACGGCGACGGAAGAAACAAAUAGCUCCAGAGAAGUCCAGCACUAAGCCUCUGGUGGUCCCGGUACCCAUCUUGCCCACCCGCCGGGUGCCCUCGGUGAAGAAAGGUUAUUCCGGCCGUCGGCUGCAGAGUCCCAGCAGCAAAAGCAAUGACACUCUAAGUGGAAUCUCCUCCCUGGAGCCCAGCAAGCAUUCCAGCUCUUCGCACAGCCUGGCCUCCAUGGCGGUUGUGAAUUCCCCCAGCCCGACCCCAGCUGCUGCAGCCCCCUGGGAAGCCCAUUUGGGGGGAGAAGACCCUGGUGCUGCUGGGGAUUGCAAUGCAGAAAACCUCUAUUUUCAAGGCAUGGAGCUGUUUGAAGAGGCCCUGCAGAAGUGGGAGCAGGCCCUGACCGCCCGUCAGAGGGACCCCUCCAGCCUCUCUGCCUCUUGGGUCGUCCCCAAAGAGGAAGAGCUGCUGCUGCCUGAAGAUCUGUGUGAGGAAUCUCAGAAAAAAGAAUUUGCAGACAAGCUGGAAUUGCUCCUCUACCGGGCCUAUAACCUGCAGGAGGAAUUUGGAUCCAGCCUGUCAGCCGAUAACAUGUUACUUGAUUUAGAGCAAACUCUGAUGUUCCCACUGACCGAACAGUCUCUAAGGCGUCAACAAGGUGAUGAGGAAGAAAGCGUGACCUCCGAGGAAUCCUUUUUCUCCGCUGCGGAGAUCUUUGACGCCCUGGAAAUCGAGAAGACCCCAUACCAGCCUUCUAAGCCAGCUGUUGCCUACGAAGAAGCAUUGCAGUUGGUGAAGGAUGGAUUGGUUUUGUGCAGGACCUUUCGCACAGAGCUUUUGGGGUGCUACAGUGACCAUGAUUUCCUGGCCAAGCUUCACUGCAUCAGACAAGCUUUUCAGGAGCUGUUGAUGGUGGAGAACAACCAGACGUUUUUUGGGGAGGUGGGCAAACGCAUGGUGAUGGGGCUGAUGACCAAGGCUGAGAAGAACACUAAGGGUUUCCUUGAAAGGUACGAUGAGAUGCUGCGCUACACGCUGAGACAGGAGACCUGGCCAACCACGCAGAAGGAACUGGAAGGGCGAGGGGUGGUCUGCAUGAAUUUCUUCGAUAUCACCUUGGACUUCAUCCUCAUGGACGCUCUAGAAGAUCUGGAGAACCCGCCGUCCUCCGUUGUGGCCAUCCUGCGUAACCGCUGGCUCUCGGACAGCUUCAAGGAGACGGCUCUCGCAACUGCUUGCUGGUCGGUUCUGAAGGCGAAGAGGCGGCUUCUAAUGGUUCCGGAUGGUUUUAUAUCUCAUUUUUACUCCGUAUCGGAGCACGUCAGCCCCGUCCUGGCUUUCGGAUUCCUGGGGCCCAAACAGCAGCUUUUUGAAGUCUGCAGUUUUUUCAAGCACCAGAUUUUGCAAUAUCUGAAAGACAUGUUUGACCUGGACAUUGUAAGGUACACAACGGUGACUUUAUUGGCCGAAGACAUCCUUCAGCUAUCACGGCGUCGCAGUGACAUCCUGCUCGGCUACUUAGGAGUGGAGAUCAUUCCAGAGAUCAAUGGGACUCUGCAAAAUGAUGACAUGUCCUUCCAUAGCUUCAGCUAAGCUUGCUGGCUCGGACAGGACCGUUUGGGGCUUAUGAAUUCUUUUGUUUUUCUCCUUUUGAAAGACAACCGGCCUCCCUAGUUUGAAGGCUGAAGACGGAUUGCAGCAAAACAUUCUCUAUUUGAAUGGUCUAACUUAAAAGCAAUUUUGAACUGUGGUUCUCCACCUUGGCAACUUUUAAGAGAGGUGGACUUCAAAUCCUAGAAUUUCCCAGCCAGCAGAGAUGGCUGGGGAAUUCUGGGAGCUGGUCCAGGCAUCUUAAAAUCGCCACGAUAGAAAAACACUGAUUUAAAGACUGUUUAACAGCCCCAGAUGUGUCCAGCAUUAUCCAGGUGGGAAGUUUUUGCCAAUCAGCCAUGUCUGUUUCUAGUUAUUUAACACUUGCAUAAAUUGUGACCGAACCCCUGACUAAUAUUCCUGUUGUGAGAUUAGUGCACGAGGACACUUUUUUUUCCCUGUGAAAUUUGAUGGCCAAAAAGAAAGACAAGUGGGGAGAGACCUGGUAGAUCUGUAGAGACCUUUUGCUCCUUUGAUUUGGAAAAUUCUGAUUUAAUUUUUUUUUAACUGACUUUAUUUUAUUGUGUCUAUAUCAGCAUUCUUCAACCUCAGCCACUUGAAGAUGGGUGGACUUCAAUUCCCGGAAUGUUCUAAUUGGCAUGCUGGCUGGAGAAUUCUGGGAACUGAAGUUCACCUAUCUUCAAGUGGCCAAGAGUGAAAAACACUGGUCUAUAUGUAGAGUCAAACUUUUAACAACCUUUCUUAAAAUAAAGAUUCUCGCACAUAUGGUGGUCUCGGAUGAAAGACCCUCUAUGGAGAAGAUGGGUGGGGAAGGAAGGAAGGAAGAAAGGAAGAGAAAGAAGGAAGAGAAGGAAGGAGAGAGAGAAAGAAAGAGAAAGAAGGAAAGAAAGAGAAGGAAGGAAAGAGAAAGAGAAAGAAAAAGAAGGAAAGGUAGGUUGGAUCUCACUGUGCCUUCUGAAAAAGAUCAAAUGUUCAGUAAAGUCUUACAAGAAAUGUUUUGCUCUAAAACUUCCAAUUUUAUUCUCUGGCAUCUUCAUGGUCAUAUUCCAAAAACGGGGGAUUUUCUCCACCAAUCUGAACGCACCUUCUUCUCCCAGCAAUGGGGGGAAAUUGAAUUCAAAAUUGCCUGACUGUAGUUUUUGCAGAAUUGAAAUUCUGCAAAUUCAUCAAUAAAUAUUUAUUUACGAACUUGCAAAAUUUCGAUUCAGUUAAAAAAAUACUUAUUGAUGAAUUUCUCCAUCAAACUGAAGGCACCUUCUUUUCCCAAAGAUGGGGGAAUUGAAUACAAAACUCCCAGCUUCUUGAUUGUAGAUUUGGACGAAUCGAUGUUCUCAACUUGACCUUGUGGAGUUUGGUUGGCCAAGUAUUCACUGACCCUUAAUCAAGAGGUGUAGUUGAUUGCAUUAAAAUAAUCCUGAAUGCAGUAUUUGGAGGGUAGAUUUGGGGAAGUUAAAAAAAAACAAACAGUCUAUGGUUAGGGAUGAUGAGAUGCAAUUUUGAGAUACUUAGGAUAGUCCUGCUUUAAGUGGGUCAAGUGAAACCCCCAAGCUUCUUGUUUGUAGUCCCCCCUGGGUGAGAGGGCAAAUGAAAUUCCGCUGGAUGAGAAUGUUCCAAGUUGUAGAUGCACUGAGAUUUUUCAACAGGGUAGAUUAUGGUCUUAAAGCAGUGUUUCUCAACCUUGGCAACUUUUAAGAUAUAUGGACUUUAGCUCCUAGAAUCUCCCAACCAGCAUACCUAUAUUGGUUGGGGAAUUCUAGAAGCUGAAGUCCACACAUCUUAAAAGUUGUCACAGUUGAGAAACACUGUCUUAGCUCAUUACACUGGCUAAGGCGCUUUUAAAUCUCCUUUUAACUGCUAUUAUUGAAGCAGUUGGGUUGACUUUCAAACAAAUCAAUGUUUUGAGGCUGAAUUGUUGAGUUUUCCACACUCAACAUGGGACGAAAGCGAUUUUCUGUUUUGCAUCCUGAGUGUUUUAAUGGAACAUAUUUUAACUUCAUUUCUUGCAACAGGUUCCAAAGGCAGCCUUUGAGAUCGACGCGUAACAAAUUCUAGUUUCGAAUUGAGAAACUUUGAGUGUUGAAUGUGAAUGGCUGGAAACUAAAUGUUUGUGUUAGGCUUUAGCUUCUCUUGACUUAAGUCUGGCUUUCUGUUGUUUGAGGAGACCUCGUUUCGAACUUAUCUCACCCAAGAAAAAACUCCGAUUUGCAAGGACAAAUUCAAAAAGUACAGUUUGGUGACUGCCACAAUUGUUUCCUUUUUUUUAAAUUCUGAGGAGUAGUGAAGAGUUUUUGGAAGCAUGAGAAUGUAUCAAGAAUAUAGAUCAAGUGUCAUAAUCAUUCCUCCCGGAUUUAUAUUGGUUUUGAACCCUGCUCCGAAGUUAAAUGUUUGCUCCGAGGUGCCCCUUGCAUUCCUACCCAUACGAGCCACAGAUUAAUGGUUUUAAGAUCUGAGCUAUCGACUUUUCAUGCAACUUUUUGUGGUGCCUAAUUUACCCGGAAGGAAUUCCCAGAGUCCUCAGGUGGUUUGUUUGUUUUUUCCAGUUUUGGACCUGGGAUGGCGGGGCAAGCUAUUUGUGGACAAAGAUGCUCAUGCUAAAUCUUGAGAUCAGCACGAGCAUGCUUGGGCCAGUUGCCGGAUGAAAAACCAAGAUGGAAAUCAGCUGAUCAGGUUGAUCAGAAUCUGCUUUGAUCAAAGCUGGAAGAUCAGCUUUGUGCAAGACAGAAGUCAGCUGAUCAGGGCUGAUUUUUUAAAAAAAAUCUUGCUUCCAUCAACCCUGGGUAUUCGGUGGCGGCUUUUUGUACCCAAGUCGACUGGCUCUUUUUGCUCACUUGGUGUGACCAAUUGACCUUGGCACUUUUUGAGUAGCCGAUAAGAGUUCCCAACCGUCAUGGCUAACUUUUCCUACAGAUCUGGACAUUUUUCAGCCUGGGAAAAGUUGAUUUUCCUGCCUGCAAAUCAGAAGGAUGGUGGAGAGAUUGUGAUCCUUGGAUAUUGCUAAAUCCUGAACAUCAUGUGUCCGUGGGAUGUGGGGGGAGAGGAGGGGGGGGGGGAAAGAACAAUAUUCUGGGAAUUAUAUAGUUCAUCAAGAUCUAAAGCAGUGUUUUUCUGCCUUGGUAACUUUAAGAUGUAUGGAUUUCAAGCUUUGAAAUGGAGAAAUUCUGGGAGUUGAAAUCCACACAUCUUAAAGUUACCAAGGAACACCGAUCUAAUAAAUCAGAAAUGCCUUCCUUUUUUGUUAAAAGAAGAGAAAACUUUAAUUUCGGAGAAUAUUACCUGGGAAUGUGGAAGGAGUUGAAUAUAAUUUUUGUGCCUCAUUAUUUUGGUUGCUUGGACUUUAUUUCUCCCUCCCUUUCUGUGAUUGACGCGUUUAUGCUUCUCAUUCCCUUUUGCAACUAAAACUUUUCUAUCCUAUUAGAACUUUUGGCACUGAAAAAAAAAAUCAAAUAAACAUUUUCUUUAUUGUUAAA